GAGCUCAUCACAGCGUGGUACAUAGGCUUCCUGUGCCUCAUCCUGGCCUCAUUCCUGGUCUACUCUGUGGAAAAGGAGUCAAAUAAUGAGUUUGACACGUAUGCUGAUGCUCUUUGGUGGGGACUGAUAACUCUUACCACCAUUGGUUAUGGUGAUAAGGUUCCCAAAACCUGGAAUGGACGCUUACUAGCAGCCACGUUCAGCUUGAUCGGCGUUGCCUUCUUUGCCCUUCCUGCUGUAAGUAUGUAGGCUUGUCUUUAGGGCGUUGAAGCCGCUGACAAGAGUUCACACAAAGUGCACAUCAUAAAUGAUCCUCAUUUAUAUGCCUUUACUCUCUCUCCAUUAUGAUGUUCUCUGUAAGUGCAUAUGUGCCUGAUCUCACUGCUCUGCCCUAAGAGAAUAUACUCUGUGUUCUCUGGCAGGCUCUUCCAUAGGUUAUGGUUUCAUUUAGUUUGAUAUCAUAACUACAGUAGUGCAUUCAUGCUAUGGAUUCAACAUUAUGGAUUUGAAAUGUAUCUAAUCAAGUGAGUAACCUGAAAUGACAACAGGAUAGCACAUUUAGCACCCAACACCUAGCAUUUUAGUGUCUAUCAGCUAAAUGUUUUCGUUUUAAAGCCCAGAAAACAUCCUGUUUUAUCCCACUUCAAUGACUCUCAUUAACCUUUUUAUUCAAAUCAUGUAGCUCAUCUCAUCACUCAAGCAGGUCCAUUGCCCAAUAACUGACAUAAAAAAGCAGCAACCAGGUGGUGAAUGUAGUUGAGCUAGAGAGCCAGUUUUUUUUACAGGUACAGCGACAGUGAAAAUAAGAUUUGUAUUCAUCAGAUCACCAAAACACCAUAGAAGCUGUGUGAGGAAAUAACUGCAAAUGUUUUUCUUUUUGGGACAAGCGUCCAGUCUUUGAUAGUCCAAAGAAAUCUUAGUGCAACCGAUGCUUCUAAAAGGAGCUGAAAAAACUUGGUUCAUUAUUCAUG